CGUGCUGCGGCUCGGCCGGUGGCCCGGCUCCGCCCCCGGGCGGGAGCGGCGGAGGCAGCAGGCAAGAUGGCGGCGCUGGUGGGGUUGCACCCUUUGCGGAGGCUCUGCGGCGUCGCGCUCUUCCUGUCCCACUUCUACAGCCUCUCCGGCCGCGCAGGAUCUUUGAUGACCACAAAGCAUUCACAGCCACAGUCUACAUUUGCAAAAGGUCUAACUUCAACAAGUACAAAUACUCCCUAUUUUAAAGCAGCAGAAGGCACAGAAAUUCCCUCUUACGUGCCUAAAUGUCCCAGCAAUGGGCUUUGCAGUAGAUUGCCACCAGACUGUAUGACAUGUAACACAAACUACUCUUGUAUAUAUGGGAAGCCAGCCACUUUUGAUUGCCAAGUCAAGCCGCAUGUUCAUUGUGUUGAUGAGAAUAACCACGAGCAGGAGAACUUCACAGUUAACAUGACGUGCCAGUUUUGCUGGCAGCUUGCAACGACUGAUUAUGUAUGUACCAAUUCUACAAACUGCAUGACGGUCUCCUGUCCACGACAACGAUAUAAUGCCACUUGUACAGUGCGGGAUCACAUUCAUUGUCUAGGUAAACGUGUCUUUCCUAAGAUGCUCUAUUGCAACUGGACUGGAGGUUAUAAGUGGUCUACUGCCUUGGCGCUAAGCAUCACCCUUGGUGGAUUUGGUGCCGACCGCUUCUAUUUGGGCCAGUGGCGGGAAGGUCUGGGAAAGCUCUUCAGCUUUGGUGGACUUGGAAUAUGGACACUCAUUGAUGUACUACUGAUAGGUGUUGGCUAUGUGGGACCUGCAGAUGGUUCUCUUUAUAUUUAAAUGUGCAUGCAAUGCAGUUCAGAGAGGAGUAAUGGCUUGGAAAGGGCUCUAAACAAAAGAAUGUAGAGAUUUGAGCCUUUCAGGUAGAAUGAAGAACCAUUCUUUCUGUGUGCAUACAUUUUAAUGUACAGUAUCUGUACUUAGUUUGCCUUCAACCAAGGUAAAAUAAAGGAGUGGAUCACUGAGUAAGUUGAAAUUAAUUUUCUUUCUUGCUAUUUUUCUAUGAAAAACGUUGAACAGCUAACUGAAUUCUGCACUGUCCUGGAACUUGGAUGGUCUGUCAAACACUGGAAGAGGUACAAACUAACUUGAAUAUUGAGUUGUUUACUUUGUAUUUGUAUGCUUGAAUUUAGCUUUAGAGCUAACUUCCCUGAAGGUGUCAGUAAUAUAUUCUUUUUUUCCUAUUUGUGGGAGGAUAAUUUAUUUGCCUGCAUUACUCUAGUGAUACGUAGAUCACCAUGUUUGAUGUUAAGUACAUUCAUCUCUGUUUUGGGAUAUAGCAGGAGCUAAUGUUUGCUUAGUGACUUGUUGACUUAAAAUUGGGGGGUUUUUAGAAUUAUAUUGUGGUAACACUAAAAGCUAAAUAUGAAAUAAUUGAAAUCGAUGUUAGGAUUGUUCUGGAAUGUCUUCAUUUUGGUUGGGCUUGACCUGUGUAUCCGUGAAAGGCCCAACUUGUGUUCUUGUGCCAGCAAGCUCGCCAAGUUGAUUAAAAAAAAAAAAGGUGUUGGCAAUAUGAUUGAUGUGUUUAUCCCCGUAGGACUGUAAACAGACAAUGUAGCAAACUGUAGUGCCGUUACUGGAGAAUAAGUUUGGUUCGCUUCAAUACUGGCUGGGGCUGCCGGCCUCUCGAUGCUGGCACCGCCUCCCCCUCACGCCAGACCCGACCUGUUGCUCAUGUGGCGCCAGAGCGCGGCACCUCUGCACCUCCAUCGCCUCAAUAAACGCGAGCUCUCGAAGCUUCUGUGGAAUUAA